AGCGCGGCGGAUUUGAAAACAGACAUGACGGACGUUCGCUCGGUUCUGCAGGUCUGUGACCCGGAUCUCCUGGAUCCGGUCCAGGACUCUGAACUGGAUUGUGGAGACGCAGCCGGGACGGUUCUGUUCCUGACGGACAGCCGGCGGGUCCAGAAGGUUCUGUGGCGGCAGCUUCUGGUUCUGGACUCCAUGAUGUCACUGCUGGAGGGUUUAGGCUCCGCCCACCAGCUGCUGGAGGAGCCCCGCCCCCCUCAGCCAGACGGAGGGUCCAGGACCCGGUGGAAGGUUCUGAAGGCCCAGUGUCGGACUCUCCUGGAGGAGAUGGAGGUUCUGCUGCCGGACCUGCAGAACCGGGUCCAGCAGGUCCAGGAGAGACGGGAGAGACUGGACCAGCUGGUUCUGAUGCUGAAGAACCAGAAGCGUCAGCGUGAGCAGCUGCAGGAUUCCCUCCUCAAGGCCCAGAAUGCAUUGCGGUGCUGUGACGGUCAGCUGACCCAGCUGAGGGCGGAGUCUGAGGCCGUGCUCUCUCGUCUGAUUGGCUGGCAGCGUUUCAGGAACGAGCUGCAGCAAUGCGUCGCCGCCACGCAGGGAUCCAUGCAGCUAACGCUGCUCUCCUUCAGCCAAUCAGAGCUCAGCGUGGAGCUGAGGCCACGCCCCCCGCCCGGAGGCCCCGCCCCCUCCCUGGAGCCGGCUAGGCUAGCGGUUUCCUGGAGCCCCGCGGGCCGCUUCACGCUGCAGGUGGACGAGGGAACCACGGGCAUGCUGGGUAACCGGCUGACGGGGCGGCGGGCCGAGCUGGGCGCCGCCCUGCUGGAGGUUCUGCAGAACUACACGGGUCAGGCGGAGCUGCUGGCCGAGAUCCAGACGCUCCGGUCCAGCUUUGCCAUCGACUGGGUUCCUGCAGCUUUAGUUAUUAUUAUUAUUAUUAUUAUAAUUAUAUUUUAUUGUUUUUAUUCUCCUCCAGCUUUGCCAUCGACUGGGUUCCUGCAGCUUUAGUUAUUAUUAUUAUUAUAAUUAUAUUUUAUUGUUUUUAUUCUCCUCCAGCUUUGCCAUCGACUGGGUUCCUGCAGCUUUAGUUAUUAUUAUUAUUAUAAUUAUAUUUUAUUGUUUUUAUUCUCCUCCAGCUUUGCCAUCGACUGGGUUCCUGCAGCUUUAGUUAUUAUUAUUAUUAUAAUUAUAUUUUAUUGUUUUUAUUCUCCUCCAGCUUUGCCAUCGACUGGGUUCCUGCAGCUUUAGUUAUUAUUAUUAUUAUUAUAAUUAUAUUUUAUUGUUUUUAUUCUCCUCCAGCUUUGCCAUCGACUGGGUUCCUGCAGCUUUAGUUAUUAUUAUUAUUAUUAUAAUUAUAUUUUAUUGUUUUUAUUCUCCUCCAGCUUUGCCAUCGACUGGGUUCCUGCAGCUUUAGUUAUUAUUAUUAUUAUUAUUAUAAUUAUAUUUUAUUGUUUUUAUUCUCCUCCAGCUUUGCCAUCGACUGGGUUCCUGCAGCUUUAGUUAUUAUUAUUAUUAUUAUAAUUAUAUUUUAUUGUUUUUAUUCUCCUCCAGCUUUGCCAUCGACUGGGUUCCUGCAGCUUUAGUUAUUAUUAUUAUUAUUAUUAUAAUUAUAUUUUAUUGUUUUUAUUCUCCUCCAGCUUUGCCAUCGACUGGGUUCCUGCAGCUUUAGUUAUUAUUAUUAUUAUUAUAAUUAUAUUUUAUUGUUUUUAUUCUCCUCCAGCUUUGCCAUCGACUGGGUUCCUGCAGCUUUAGUUAUUAUUAUUAUUAUUAUUAUAAUUAUAUUUUAUUGUUUUUAUUCU